UCUCUCAUCCGUUGCGCGCACUCCUCGCCUAGGACUAUUUUAACUGCCUGCCCUACGUUCCGUUUCUCUCCCUCUCCUCUGCGCCAAGCCACGCUUUCAUCAUCAUUUAUUUAGUCGGUAAUGCUGCUUCUAUCUGACGUCACGCUUCGACUUAGUCGCCAGCUCUGGCCUCCGCUUGUCGCUCCUCCGAGUGGUUUUCGGCGGCAGAGGAUAGGAGAGGAGCGGCGGCUGCUUUUCUGGAGAUGCGGGCGCCGGACUCCCACUGCCAGCGUUGUCGCGCACUUCAUUUGAGCUAAAAGGGGCCGAGGCAAGGAGCCCCUCCAUCGGGGGCUGCCCAGAGUAGUUUACCGCGAUGAACCUGCACUCGGGGCGGGCGGCUGUGGCCAUGAUGCGGAUGAUGGGCUGUAAUAACGGGCGCUUUGCGCGGUAUUUUCUCCACAGCGACUGCGUGGUUGACGAGAAGACGGUGGUCUUGACCAAGAAGGAGAAUGAAGGCUUCGGCUUCGUGCUGCGAGGGGCCAAAGCGGACACGCCCAUCGAGGAGUUUACUCCCACCCCUGCCUUCCCAGCCCUCCAAUACCUGGAGUCGGUGGAUGAGGGAGGAGUGGCCUGGCAGGCGGGGCUAAGGACCGGGGACUUCCUCAUCGAGGUGAACCAAGAGAAUGUGGUGAAGGUGGGCCACAGGCAGGUGGUCAACAUGAUCCGUCAUGCAGGGAACAGCCUCAUCAUCAAAGUGGUAACGGUCAGCAGGAAUAUGGACCCUGAGGAUACCGCACGUAAAAAAGCCCCCGCACCGCCAAAGAGAGCCCCCACCACCGCCCUGUCUAUGCGCUCCAAGUCUAUGACCUCUGAACUGGAAGAACUAGAUAAAGUGGACGAGGUGUCACCUUCCCAGAAAACCGUGGACAUGAAGGUGGCCACCAUUAAGCCACGCCCCUCCAGCCGCUGUUUGGUCACGCCUACUGACAUGAAUUCCAUGUACGACCGCCAGGGUGGAGUGGCAGUGGUACCACCCACUGUGCCAGGCAGUCCUAGAAGGGGGGCAUUCCUGGGCAUUCUUGCCAAGGGUGGCACCAUGAGGAGACAGAAGUCCAUAGGUAUAACAGAAGAGAAGGCGCUCCUCUCCCCUCCCCCACUCAAGUUCACCCGCAGCCUCUCCAUGCCCGACACGUCCGAAGACAUUCCCCCUCCCCCGGCCAUCUCCCCCCCAUCUCCCCCCUCCUCCUACAACUCUCCCUCUGUCUCCCCCAUGCCAAGGGGCUACGGCACCACCCGACCGGGCCUCACCCUCAACUCCGCUGGAAAAUGUUCCAACGCCAUUACCCUUGGCAACCGCAUGGUAGAUGUAGGGACGCUAAGGCGAGGUUAUCACCGCCAGAGCUCAGAACAGUACGAUAGUAGAAGCCGAGGACGGGCGCACGUGCCCGAGAACCCGUACUCGGAGGUGGGCAACAAGGCGCUGUACGUGCCCGCCAAGCCGGCGAGAAGGAAGGGCAUGCUGGUCAAGCAGCCCAAUGUGGAGGACAGCCCAGAGAAGACCUGCUGCACCCCGCCCUCAGGUGCCGUUUCCAUGCCGACCACACCCACUGAUAGGACCUUCUCGUCCAUUCCCAUCCCCACCAUCAUUGUCAAGGAGCCUUCCACCAGUAGCAGUGGAAAGAGCAGCCAGGGCAGCAGUAUGGAGAUUGAACCAACCACGCCCGAACACCCACCCUUAACGCCUAGGGCAGGGGGCAGGGGGCUAAGGCCUGAAGACCCCAUAGUCAACAACCCCUUUGCGGCUGCCAUCGCAGGGGCAGUGAGGGACCGGGAGAAGAGGCUGGAGGCGCGGAGGAACUCACCUGGCUUCCUCUCUACCGAUAUGGGAGAUGAGGACUUGGGAGACCCCACCCCGGCCCCGCGGCUACGCCAGUCCAAGUCCAUUGACGAGGGGAUGUUCAGCAACGACGAGCACCUGCGGAGGAUAAUGGCACCCCUGCCGGCCUCCACCCUGCUGCUGUCCCAAGAAGGGGGUGACCGUGGCGGUAACGUGACAGACUUCAACACCCCUGAGCCCACCCAGGUGGUGAGGGAGCCUCUGACCGCACGUACCGGCCAGUACCCCAACCUGGACAGCCCCGUCAGUCUCCCGGACAGCCCCGUCAGUCUCCCGGCCACCACGCCCAAGACCUACAGCACAAACGGAGGAUGGGGCUACCUGCACCCCGUCACGGGUAAUGCCCUGGAACCUAACUCGCCCCUCGCCCUAGCGCUGGCAGCCCGGGACAGAGCCAUGAAAGAGCAGACACAAACGACCAUGGCAACGCAAGCCCCACCCCCUUCUCAACCUCAACCGCACCCCAAGAGCGACACCCCCCAGUCCCUCCCCCCCAACCCCCACAAACCUGGCCUCAAUCAGCCCCUCUUCAUCGAUACCAAGCUCCGCUCCAGCAUUGAGCCGGGCUUCGCCAACUCCACGACAACCCUGGGGCGAGGCAUAGGGGGGGACCUGAAGAGUCAUAUGACGGAGCAGAAGUACGAGUCUGACAGAGAGAGGGAGGAGAGGCAGCAGGCGGCUGAGGAUGGGAAGGGCAUACAGAUCGACGUUGUGGACACGUCACAAACGCAGAAAGUGGCCGGUCUGCUAAUGGUGCACUCCAAAAACAGCCCAGAGGAGGAAGAAAGGGGGCAGGAGAACACACCAGCCCAGGACAACAGCAUCCCCAGCGAACUGAGAGACCCCAACCAGCCAAACACCCCCACCAACAGCCACAGUACCAAGCCCUUGCCCCCCGUGCCACGGGGGAAGACCAUCACGGCCGGGGGUUCGGUCGACGAGCCAGUCAAGCUGUCCUUCCGCAUGCCCCCUCCCCCGCUGGCCUCGGUGGACAUUGAGGAGGUGGAGGAGUUUGUCUUCUCCGAGCCCCUGCCGCCACCGCUGGAGUUCGCCAACAGCAUCGACAUCCCUGAGGACCAGGCAACGACCAUCGCUGAGUUGCUCAAGCAACGGGACCAAGAGAGACGCAACGGGAUGGGAACCAGGGGGCCACAUCCGCCCCCCUACUACACUCACGCCCCGACCCCUGUCGGCCAGUACAGACGAGGGAGCGGGGUGUCCAAUUGCAUGCCCCCACCCUUCUAUCCCCCUCCGCCCCCCGACGGUGGCUUUGAGAAAGGUGUCACUGACUCAAGCAUCGAGGAGGUAGACAGUCGCAGAAGUGGAGACCCCCAUGUAGAGACUACCAGCACCAUUUCCACAGUUUCAAGCAUCUCUGUACUGUCGUCAGAGGGAGGGUACAACAGCGCCCUGGAGAACACUUCUAUGGUUUAUACUGACGGCCAGGCUUACCUCGACGACCGACCCCCCGUUCCCCCCAAGCCCAAAAACAAGCCAGUCAUCGAAAAGAACCCUGCACUUUACCACAACGUCCUCAUGGAGGAAUCCCUGGACUCCUUCGAGGCGCCCCCUCCUGUCCCUCCCCCUCCACCCGGGUCUAUAUCUCCCACAGAACUCCCCAGGACUCCCCCCCAUCGGUCGUCCAAGCUGUGGGGCGAGCCCCCGGAGCUAAGGAGCCCACCCAUGCCCGACCCCAAAGCCACGGUUAUCAACGAGCUGAGCUCCAUCUUAUCACAGAUGCACCGGCCCAAACCGGGGGACUCCCUGGACUCACCCACCAAAGGGGCCAGGGGCGGCUUUGGAACCAGCUCUCCAGCCACAGGAAGCCAGCGGAACUCCAGCGUGUCUUUCAGCCUGCCCCCCUCCUCCUGCACCCCUCCUUCCAGCCUGCCCCCUCACCUCUGCAGCCCCCCGGACACCUCGUCCCUCUCCUCGCCCCCCUGCCCCUCUUCUUUAACCCACUCUUCCUCACACAGCCUUAGCGACCUUUUCAGCCUGCCCACCCUGCCCAUGGAGAGUGUGAGAGGCAUCGGCAGCAUGGGCGGUAGCCUUGGUGAAGGAUCCUCGUGCGGUGGCUCGCGCUCCCCCUCGCCGCUCACCCUAAUGCAGGCCAUAGCCACCUCGGGCAAGCCCUUUGCCUCCAAGCCCGUGGAGCUGUGGAGCAAGCUGGACGUGGCCGACUGGCUGGACAGCCUGAAUCUGUCGGAGCAUAAAGACGCCUUCCUGGACAACGAGAUCGAGGGCGCCCACCUACCUUCGCUACAGAAAGAAGAUCUGAUUGACCUGGGGGUGACGCGGGUGGGCCACCGCAUGAACAUCGAGAGGGCCCUCAAAAUGCUGCAGGACAGAUAAAGCCAGGGGGUGUGGAUUUAUCUGGAACACUCUCUCUCCUACCUGUUUUCCUUCUCAGUCUUGGAAAGUCUUGGACGAUUUAGGAAUCGGCCUCUGACUAUUCCCUUCCUGCCUCGCCUCUGUGGCAUGUUUGUGUUUGAUCACUCCCAUUCUGCUUCCCGAGUAUCAGGGGAUGUCGGAAUCCUGGAGGAACUGCUGGGCAUAGCCUGGAGAAAGGUGGCGUUCCCGAAUCCAAAAUGGAGAAAGAGUGGAAAAAAUCCUGCAUCUUUUUAGGGAUGCUCACAAUACAAAAGACCACACUUUGGAAUACUCUUGAAACGUAGCCCUCAAACACUUUGAAAUACUGAUAGAAAUCAGUAUUGGAAUACUCAAUCCUUUUUCAAGCUCCCCCAGCGCGGGUGUUUGAAACCAGCUGAGCUGGUUGGCACUCCUUUUCUAUCUUUGCUAGAGUUUCUUCAGAGAAUAUUUCUUCACUAGAGUAAAACCGUGGGUUAUGUUUAUGAAUGCAUCUGACGUUGUAGAGACAUUUGAAAAACAGACAUUUGAAAAACAUUAGAAAUGAGAACCUUUGCAGAAAUGUUUAGCUGAAUCCUAAACCAUAUCAUUUGCUACACACACACACACACACACACACACACACACACACACACACACACACACACACACACACACACACACACACACACACACACACACACACACACACACACACACACACACACACACACACACACACACACACACACACGGCCUUCUCCUGAGGGGGAGAAACAUGAUGAUGUGUUAGUCACUCUAAUGCAUGGCUGGAGGGGCUCCACUGUAGCAGGCACCACUGUCCCCUUCACAUCCCUGUUCACUGUGUAUGGUAUGUGUAUUUGCAUUUUGUCAGAGACAUGUUUGUGAUGUACGUGUGUGUGUGUGCGCAUGCUGUGGGAGGUUUGUUAAAUGUGUUGUAGAAAGACAUGAGUGAGAGUGCAAGGCCUAGAUUCUGUCAGCCUAUUCAAGGUGUAUAUUGCAUCUCACAUUCCAGUGUUUGAACUUGUAAACAGGGCUCCAUGGGAUUUAUCUUAAUGCAACUCCGUGCAGCCAAUGGCAAUGUCCGUUUUAGGUAUAAUGCUGGGAGCCGCUUGUGGAUUUGACAGCUCUAACACAGUUCCACCUCCGACACCGCAAAAAGAACAGCUACGCGGGUGUUGGAUGGCAUGAAUCUGAUAGAAUCUAGCCCUAAGUGUUGGCAUCAUGUGUGUUGUCAUCGUCUUCCACACACUUGACAGCGACCCCGACAGGAGUGGGAUGCAACCUCCCUACACCCUACCGCCCAACCGCCCAAUCUCCCUUCAGGCCUAUAACAGAAAUAAUCCACCUAUCACAACAAUUUGGGGAAACACAAUUUUCUGCCACAAUAUCGCCAUCUCUCCUCUUUGUUCAGCCAUCUUUAAUCAUUUCUAGUUAUUAAGUGAUUCCUUUCGCAAAUCAAACAUUGUUUUUAUAUAUCAGUACCAGUGUGUGCUGUUGUGGUAUAGGUAAGGGCUGUAUUUUCUUUGGUUGACAUAAUGAUUCUCGGCGAGAAUUUGAAGACGCCCACUUUGAAAGGAUGAGAGCAAAACGGACGUUACUUUGUGGUCUCUGUUAACGUAGGACACUGUGGUUGACUGUGUGCUUGUUUUUAGACAGCUCACCUACAGUAUACUGUGUAGUGCAGGGGCGAAGAAUAAUAGGAAUAAUAGGAAUUCACUCAAAACUCAAAAAUGUGUGUUCCUGAGUGGCGCAGCGGUCUAAGGCACUCCAUCUGAAUCCAGGCUGCAUCACAUCCGGCUGUGAUUGGGAGUCCCAUAGGGCGGCGCACAAUUGUCCCAGCCUCGUCCGGGUUAGGCUGGGGUAGGCCGUCAUUGUAAAUAAGAAUUUGUUCUUAAAUGACUUGCCUAGUUAAAUAAGGUUACAUUAAAAAAAUAUAUAUAAUAAUAAUAAUAAAUCUACUACCCAGACAUUCACACAAUCACCGAAGAGGAUUAAAAAAAAAAAACGUUUACAAAGUUUGUGUAUAAUCAGUGCUUGCAUCGCCGAUGAAUCACAAAACGUAAUUAUUGACAAGAAGAGGUGUUAAUCCUAUCUGGUGUUUCCAGAGGGAAGAAAAUAGGUGUGACACAGCAGCACUGACCGAGCAGGCUUUAAAUGAUGCAUUUGGUCCCUGUUAAUUUGAGAAUGAGAGGGAGAGUCCUCAGUAACACUUUACUUAAGCAUGCAGGUAUAACCAUUCUUUAAGGCUUGCUUAUAAAACGUUAUAACGUAUUAUUACUACAGGCUUCAAGUAAAGUGUUACUGAGUCAUUUUCUCAACACCAGUGAUAAGCUCUCACACCAAUGAGCAGGUAGAACAAGCUUAUCUUCUAAUCAGAAAUCCCAUCUGACAGCCAAUCAAUUGUCUCCAUCCCUUUUCUUGAAACACCAUUACUUCAAUGUUAAUAUGAGAACUGCUGAUACGUGAGUACCCAAGUGUUGGGUGGCAUUGGUUUUACGUAAAUUGAAUAUAUUUGUUGCUUUGAAUGUGUAUAAAGGAAUGAUUUAAAGAAAAGAGUACAUCUAUAGAAUAAUGAUAUGUAUAAUAUUUCUAAAAGGUUUAGAGAGAGAGUUUCUAUGAAAGAAUAUGACCAUUGCAUCCACCCUCAGAACUUAUUUCCUUGUCACUUUAUCCCUGUUUUGUGUUUGGAUAUUGCCUCGAAUAGCUCAUUAUUCUCUACAUAGUGCCCCAUUUCUGGCCUUUCUGCCUCUGAACUAGAUUAUAACUACCCCAUAAUGCACUGCAAAGAGAAGUGUGGAAGCCAUGUAUUCUACUGUACCCAGAUCACCUAUAUAUUAUAACAUAUCACUAAAACGUGAACAGUAUGUGUGAUCAUUUGAUACAUUAUCCAUGAUUCUAUCAGUUCACAGGGAUGUUCUAUGAACAUAACCAUGAUUGUUUGGAUUGUCUGCAAUUUAGGGUCUCCUGUUGGACCAAACAAAAAGCUCCCUUGGUGAGAUUCCUUUCUCUCACUCCCUGUCCCUGUGUGCAACUGUAUGAUGGUGAAGGGAAGACAAAGGGAUGAUUUUUUUUAAAAAAAAGAAGAAAAAAAAUGAAUACCAGGCUGACAGAAAGAGAGGACCUGCAGGAGUUAACGCUGCUAUAAUCCAUUCAUUAUUUUAAAAGAAACAACAAAAGAGUGACAUAGAAAAGAAGCACAGUAUUUUUUAUGAUUAUAUAGAAUUAUAUGGAAUUUUCUAAAAGACAUUUGUAGAAAAAUGUUCAACUCUGAAGUGUGGUUUGCCAAAAAUCAUUUUUUUAAAUAUAUAUAUAUAUAUAUAUUAUAUAUAAAUAUUAAUUAAUAGAAAUUAAUAUUAUCAGAUUUAUGAGGAAACUAAGAAGCAAUAUUUUUACUGAAUGGAUCUCCUUGGAUGUGGUUUUUCCCAGUCUUAAGAUGAGCUAUCAUGAUAUAUCAUCACCUGUUGAUGUUAUGAACACUGAUAGCUGGAGUGGACAGAAGAUAUUUGUCCAAUCAAAAUGUAUUUUAUAUACUAUCCUCUGGCCAUCACCUGCCUAUCUUCAAUAUUGUAAUUUUUGACAAUUUCAAUCACUUAGUCUGUGUAUAAUGUGUGUAUAAAUGACUGAAACGCUUUAAAUGUAUACAUAAGCUCACAGUUCACUGGAUCGAAAACUGUCCCGAUGACACUUUUAUGCUCAACUUACAUAGACAUGUACAAAAAAAGACUAGUUGUGACUGUUGACUUCAUGGAGAAAAAAAAACAUAUCACUAAGCUAAUUUAUUUGCAGAAUUAUAGAACUGAAUAGUCGUAUUAAGAUGCUAUACAAACCAUCACUGUGUGACUAUAAGGCUAUGCUACAUAAGGACUGGCAUGGCUCACUAUCAUCACUACCAUCACAACACAGUCCUUCACUUACCCAUCGGCAACUAUUUUGAUACUUUUGUUAUUUUCUCUUAUGGUUGAAUUUUUUUAUUUUAUUUUUUAUUCUACAUAAUUACAAAGACGUUUCCGGCUCUUUUGUGUAUAUUUGUGUUCAUGUUCCAUAUGUUGUAAUUCUGCAUACUUAGAGUCGACUAUCUAAUUAUCAAAAUGAAAAAGAAAGAGAAGUUCCUUGUAACUACACUCUUCCUUCCCCCCAAAUCCUCAAUACUUCUUGUAUGGCAACCAAACAAAAGUUACUGUAAGAAAUAAAUAUAACAUUGCACUA